GAUCUUACAGCGUAGUCCGUGACGUCAAAGGAGGAAGCGGGUGAAACACAAAUGCUCCAGUAUGAGCCAUGGAGGGUCACAGUAUAACCAAAGUGGUCCUGCUGGCCUGCGGGUCCUUCAACCCCAUCACCAACAUGCACAUGAGGAUGUUUGAACUGGCUCGAGAUCACCUGGAAGACACAGCUCUGCCAAAGCUGAUGUUGCUGUGCGGGGCUGACGUCCUCGAGUCUUUUGGGAUUCCCAACAUGUGGAAGCAGGAGGAUAUCGCAGAGAUCGUGGGCCGCCACGGUUUGGUUUGCAUCAGCCGCAGCAACAGCGAUCCACAUAAGUUCAUCCACCAGUCAGACUUGCUGUGGAAGUAUCGCAAGAACAUCCAUAUCGUCCGCGAAUGGGUGACUAACGACAUCUCAGCCACUCACGUGCGGCGGUCGCUGCGGCGCGGCCAGAGCGUCAGAUACCUUCUGCCAGACAGCGUCAUUCACUACAUCAAAGAGCACGGCCUGUACAGCUCUGAGAGCGAGCAGAAAAACGCAGAUGUGGUUCUAGCGCCCCUCCAGAGGUACACGGGUGCUUCCUCAAGUUGAGGAAAUUUGACUGUGAAUUUGAAACAAAAGUGCCUGCACUGAACAGGAGUCUUUUCUAAGAAUGGGUGUGUUUCAGGUCAUUGAGUGAAGUGAUUUAGUAACAGUUUCACUUUGCCGGAACUUUUUGUUUGCGUGUGUGGAAAAAUACACAAGAUCACAAAAUAACUGAGCAGCAGAUCAUAUAGAUGAGCGGUCACAUAAAUGUGUUUCCAGUCAAUCAAAGCAUUUACAUUCAACUGUGAAACGGUGAGCCGACGAUGUUUUUUAUUAGAUGAAAUAUGGUGCAUAGAGAAUUAAUUGAAUCACACUUGCUUUACCACAGUUAUCCUUUCCAUGUCUGGCUUCAGCGCACUCCGGUUAGUCAACAUGUUUUUGUACCUAGAGCUGUAUUUUUCCAUGCUUUAAAUACCCACUUCUUCGAUCUAAUGAUAAAGACAUGAUAUGUGAUAUUCUAGAAAUAAACAGCACUCUUUGUUUACCA